AUGGUGAUUGGGAUGAAGGGUGCGACUGCCACACUGCCCUGCUCCUUCAGUCCCUCAAACAGGAAUCCCAGCUCCAUCACCAUCAACUGGUUGAUGGGGAAUCCGCCAAAAUGGUCUGUUGUCUUUCGUGACACUUCUCCCCGCCCAGCAGCAAAUCACAUUCCUGAAAAUGUAAAUAGAGGAAAUCGAUAUGAGCUGGUGGGAAAUCUUACACAGGGAGACGCCUCCAUCAGAGUGAAUGGACUCAAACUGAAUGACACCAGUGAUUACUCCUGUCACGUUUAUGUCAGGAAUUCAACGUUGACGACUGUGACUCAGGAUGAGAUGAAACUGCAGGUUGUGGGUGAUAAUGACAGAGCAUCCAUGGUGAUUGGGAGGAAGGGUGCGACUGCCACACUGCCCUGCUCCUUCAGUCCCUCGAACAGGAAUCCCAGCUCCAUCACCAUCAGCUGGAUAAAGGGGAAUCCGCCAAAAUGGUCUGUUGUCUUUCGUGACACUUCUCCCCGCCCAGCAGCAAAUCACAUUCCUGAAAAUGUAAAUAAAGGAAAUCGAUAUGAGCUGGUGGGAAAUCUUACACAGGGAGACGCCUCCAUCAGAGUGAAGGGACUCAAACUGGAUGACGCCAGUGAUUACUCCUGUCACGUUUAUGUCAGGAAUUCAAUGUUGACUGUGACUCAGGAUGAGAUGAAACUGCAGGUUGUGGUCCCAGCCACCAUCCUGGAGCUGUUCGUUGUGAGCGACAAUGUAACUGGAGAACCCACCCUCGUGUGCAGGGCUGAAGGGAAGCCCCCUGCAAACAUCACGUGGAUCGUCCCAGGGAACAGCUCACUGCCCGUGAACAUUAGUGAGAUGAUAGUCACACAUGAUCCAGAGAAACUACUGACUGUGGGAGAGCUGCUUCACCCCAGGCUGCCAGGGAAAUACACGUGUGUGGCUGUGAAUGAACACCAGAUAGACACGCGUGAGAUUCGCCUAUUCGGGGAUGGACUAAGAGUAAAACUACAGGAAACAGCAAGGAGUCUCGGUUCUACUCAGCCGGUGGCAUUUGAAGCCCAACGAGAGAAGAGAAUGCUGUUCAUUUUGCUUUGUGCCUUUGCACUGCCUGUCACCGCUGAUCGCUGCAGUAACAAUGGUUGGACCAUGGAGACACCGGACAUGGUGAUGGGGAGGGAGGGGAAGCUCGUGGUCCUGUACUGCAAGUUCAUUCACCCUCACCAUCAAUACAAAGGCAACAUCAACAUCAUCUGGAAAGAGGAGGGGACCAAGGAGCCCAUCUUCAAAUACAAAAAUUAUCUAUUGAGCGGCAAGUAUAAAAAUGAGAUCGUGAAUAAUGUAGGAGAUCGCUACAGACCAAUGGGGGACCCUCGGAAGAACGAUGCUUCCAUAAUCAUUAAUCAGCUGAGAGCGACGGAUACAAACAAGAUCCUCAACUGUCGUGUUGAGCUCACAGAGCAAGCACGAGCAAAGUUUGGAUGCCCACAUGGGCGAAUCACAGCAUCAGGUGAGGAAUUACUGUGCUGCAAACAAACAAUUUGUCUUCCUUCCUGCUUCCUGUGA